GUGAGUGAAGGAAACGCUUGCGGCACACUGAUGUGGUGGGCUGGUGUGUUUGUGAAACGCGAUUUUAAUCCGAUGGCAUGGAACGCGGAAGGGCAGCAUAUAUCUUUAAUAUGUUUAGGGCUGUUUGUGGUAGUUUUGAACUCCUUUGGUCAGUGUAAUGCUUUAACACAAACGAGGGCAUCAAUGUCCUCCAUCGUCCUGGGACCCCAUUUCAAGGGGAAUAUUAACAAUGGUAAAGCAGAGCAGUCUACAGGUGCUGUGCGAUUUGGAAGGCUUAUACUUGGACGUAAUGUCAAACCAAGAAAUGAGAGUUUUGCUACUGAUGAACGUGCUGUCUCUAAAGUCAUAUCAUCCAAUGGCUCUCUGGAUGAUGAAGCGGACUACCAGUCUGACAUGGGUUGGGAAUCUAAGCAGCUGGAAGGACAAGUUUAUGGCACAGCUAGCCCAAAUAGUCCAGUGGUGGCAAGUCUCUUGCAGAUGGAACCAAGGGUUGAAUGUGUUGGGGACUCCAUGAAACUAACGGUCCAUGACACAGGCGCUACACCAGGCGCUCUCUUUUUUGUGGACCGAGGAAAUCAUCAGUCUCCCCUGCCUUUGUCACAGUUGCCCUCAAGCUGUGGUCAUUCCAUGCGCACCACUCGGAGGGAUUGGAUUUUCAUUGCAAUCUAUAAUGGCUGUUACGUCACGCGGGAGGAUGAUAAAUAUGUUCUGCCUUUGCGUUGGUGGGGGUUGCCAAUGAAAAUGUCCUGCCCUGCCAAAAAGCCCUCUAAACCCAACCCUCCUACUGUUUCCUGCUACCCUGAGGGCAUGGUGGUGAAAAUGGAAGGUGGCACCUCUGCCGAGGAGCUCAGAGUCAAGUUCAAAGGACACUGGCAGCCAUUGAUGAGCGUUUCGCCCCAGUGUGGCUACAGUGUGGUAGCUCAUCUAGAGGCUGUGAUCAUUUCUGCUCACUAUGAACCCUGUGUGGAAACUAAGGAUGGGAUGUUCACCCUUGAACUUGCCAGAGAGGGGGAGAUUAAAGUAUCCUGUCCUGGUUCUGUUGAACAGCCUUUCCCUCGCCCCAGUUACCCCCAAAACCCUGUGACUCUUCCUCCUGUCAUUGCGCUUCAACAAAGUCCCAUGUUUCCUCCUCGGCCUACUCCACCCCCUAAACCCCAGGCUCCACUGCAGCCUUACUACACAAAGCCUGCUGAGAAGCCAAAACCUGCUACUCCGCCUCCUUGGAACCCUCAGUAUCACUUUCCCUUCUACCCUCAGCCAGCUGAGCCUGUAACUAGCUCUCCUCCUAAAGACCCCCAGCCUCCUUGGUAUUCAGAUUCCUUCUACCCUCAGCCAGCCAAGCCUGUAACUAGGUCUCCUCCUAAAGAGCCCCAGCCUCCUUGGUAUUCAGAGUCCUUCUACCCUCAGCCAGCCAAGCCUGUAACUAGGUCUCCUCCUAAAGAGCCCCAGCCUCAUUGGUAUUCAGAGUCCUUCUACCCUCAGCCAGCCAAGCCUGUAACUAGCUCUCCUCCUAAAGACCCCCAGCCUCCUUGGUAUUCAGAUUCCUUCUACCCUCAGCCAGCCAAGCCUGUAACUAGGUCUCCUCCUAAAGAGCCCCAGCCUCCUUGGUAUUCAGAGUCCUUCUACCCUCAGCCAGCCAAGCCUGUAACUAGGUCUCCUCCUAAAGAGCCCCAGCCUCCUUGGUAUUCAGAGUCCUUCUACCCUCAGCCAGCCAAGCCUGUAACUAGGUCUCCUCCUAAAGACCCCCAGCCUCCUUGGUAUUCAGAGUCCUUCUACCCUCAGCCAGCCAAGCCUGUAACUAGGUCUCCUCCUAAAGACCCCCAGCCUCCUUGGUAUUCAGAGUCCUUCUACCCUCAGCCAGCCAAGCCUGUAACUAGGUCUCCUCCUAAAGACCCCCAGCCUCCUUGGUAUUCAGAUUCCUUCUACCCUCAGCCAGCUGAGCCAGUUACUCAUACGCCUGCCACACUUCCCCCUGCAACAGAAGCUCCAAAUGGCAAGGUGUACUAUCCUUACUACCAAUAUCCUUAUGACCCUCAGCCAGCCAAGCCUGCUACUCAUCCUCCUGCGAGUCAAAAGCCUACCCAUGUCAUGCUUCCCCUUGCUACUGAAAAGCCAACAACUCCACUGCAUCCUUACGACCCACAUCCUUACUACCAACAUUUCUACCCUCGGCCAGCUAAGCCCAUAACAAUCCCUCUUAGGCCUGGGACUCAAAAACCAGAACAAACCCCACUUGCAGUCCAUACCUGGACACCUGCUUCGCCACAAUCUAGUCAUCCUAGAACUACAAAAGCACCUGAAAGUGUGGCUCCUUCUACUCGGCCAGGUGACCCUUAUCCACCCCAUCCUGGGUAUUGUCCUACAAUCUGCCCUACUGGUUUCUUGAACUGCUGCCCAAUGCCCGUCUCUUUCCAUCAGCACCACCACAACCAUUUUGGCCCUGUAGCAUCCAAGGAUGGUGUUAUCAUUCCCCAUUACCCUUUCAAAUAUACAUCUGACCUGUUCAACUACGUGUCAGUUUCUGGACCUACCCAAGCCACUACAACCCCAGAACCUGUAAAGGUUCAGACUGUUGCCCCCAGUAAAACUUCCUUGACUGGUUUCCAUGACUACUGGAGUCGGCAUGGAAUGAGGUUUUCAACCGCCUUGGCUUCGUAUGGCCAAGCACCUAGUGAUGCCAACAAGCCCUCAGAACCCCAACGUCCAAAGCAGUCUCAUUUUCAGCCCUACAACCCACAGCCAAUGCACCCAUAUUUUCAAGCACCUUCCAGUGACUCCAACAAGCCGACUGAACAGCAACGACCAAUGCAGCCAUAUCUGCCCUAUAACCCACAAAGGCUUAUGCAUGCAUAUCCUCUGCCUUACAACCCACAAGGUCCAGUACAGCCAAAUGGCCAAGCACCUGUUUAUUCUAACAAGCCCUUGGAACUUCAGCGACCUGCCAGUGAUCCAAGUAAACCAUCUGAACCUCAAGCGCUUUCUAGUGGCCCCAACAAGCCCUUAAAACCCCAACCUUCAACGCGGCCGCAUUAUCCUUUCAGACCACCUCCAAUGUGGCAUGACCCAGACGUGUUCUACGCAUCCAAGCCACUGAUGCAACCAGACCACCACCAAACCCAACUUUCUGAAUCUGCAAUGCACAUGCAUGGCAAACUUGAACAAUUGACAAGUCCUCAAGAGCAGCCACAUAGACCAGUCAAGGAAUGGGGUGGCUCCCUUCCCAGUAAUUCAGAGGGUAUCUCUAGCCUUCAGCAACCAAACCCCUCAAGCCAACAAAUGCCUACCCAUUACGGCUCAUUGCCAAUAUAUUAUGCUGGUUCCAAACCAUCCUACCCCCAGAAACCUGAAGCCAAGCCUUCUGGUAAACCCUCCAGACCUGAAUUCCCAGAGUCAUUCGAACACUAUUGGAAGCCCAUUGUGCCACUAGGUUCUAACCAGGGGUUCCAUGUCUCUUACCCGGCCCAAUCUGCUGGAGGUUCUUACCCGGCCCAAUCCGCUGGAGGUGAAGACAAUGCUGCUAACUAAAUGCUGCAUGACCUGUCCCAUCAUUCAGAUAAUGGCACUGAUGCCCGCCAGAAGCAGCCAUGUUUUUGAGGUUUUCCCAAUAAAGUGAUAAACUGAAAA